CACGAGACAUGUUCAUCAUCACUAAGAAGGAGCAUUUGUUUUUAGAGGACUACCCUCCUACGUACGGGAUUCUCUCCAUUUGAUAGAAAUGCUGGAACAUUUACCAAUCACUUCCGAUGUAUUAUUGGUAACCUGCGACGUCGAGUCUCUUUAUACAAAUAUUGCACACAAGGACGGCAUCAGGGCUACAACCUAUUUUCUGGAAAAAUCAACCUCGGAGGAGCCGGCCCACCGCGCCUUCCUGGGCUCUAGGGAGACCUGUAUCCAGUUCAUAGAUACAUUGAAUAUCAAUGAUUUGAACAUCCAUUUGACGUACACUAUAUCGGAUGAUAUGGUGGAUUUUCUGGAUUUGAAGUUGCGCAAAGAGCAUGAGCGGAUCACUACAUCUCUUUUCCGAAAAAGCACGGCUACCAAUAACUUACUACACUAUCAAAGCUUUCAUCCAAUUCAUAUGAAGAGAGGGAUCCCAAAAGGGCAGUUUCUUAGGUUGCGGCGCAAUUGUACCAAUGUAACGGACUUCAAGACAGCAUCAGCAGACCUAACAACGCGGUUCCGAAAAAGGGGGUACCCUAGGAGACUCAUCACCCGAUCCUAUGAAGAAGCUAAGAAUGCUGACCGGAUGCAAUUAUUCACCCCAAAACUAAAAACCAGGGAUGGUAAGGUGCAUUUGAUUAAGCGUUAUAAUAAUCAAUGGUCAGCAUUAUAUAAGAUCCUGGAGAGCCACUGGUUUUUGCUUACCUCUGAUCACAGAUUGAUACCACACAUGGAUGAAAAACCGAAAAUUAUUGCCCGUAAAGCACCUUCACUUAAGGACAAGCUUGUCUGUAGUCACUUCCAGCGUCCUACACGGGGACUGAACAGAGGCAUCAAGCUCAAAGGCACACAUCCCUGUGGCCAGUGCAAUGUUUGUCCGUAUAUGCUGGGGAAAGAUAAUUUCAUGAAUGGUGAGGAACACAUACGUCUAAAGCAUUACAUCAACUGUCGUACGAGAAACGUGGUAUAUGGGAUCAUUUGUCCAUGCAGGCAAAUAUAUGUGGGACAGACCUCACAGGAACUGCGAAAACGGAUCCAGCAGCAUAUGUCCAAUAUUAACCUGGCCGCUCGGGACCGGGCUGACGAGGAGAAGACUCUUACUUCUGUGGCUUCACACUUUUUGGAUCACCAUGGGGGGCCUUAA